UUCUCUCUCGGCCCAGCAGCUGAUUUGACUGAAACAGUUUCCUGGUUUUACUCAGCGAUUCCAACCCAGAGCCGCAGAGAGAGCAGCAGAACCUCAGAGGUCAGAGGUCAGAGGGUCUGGGACUGAACCAGAACCUGCUGCAGACUGGGCCCAUCAAUCAGGACACGUUCUAAACGUCUUUUAUAGCUUCUUCUUCCUCUUCAUUCACGAGAGCUGGUUCCAAGACUCACCCCCAACUCCAGCUUGAUCCUGUAGAACAAGGUCCAGGACCUAGACUCUAGUUCCUCAGCCUCAGAGAUUUCAGACUCAGAAUCAAGACAAAGAAUUGCCUCCUCAUCUUCCUCAUCCUGUUCUUCAUCCAGCAUCUUUGUGACCAUGUCAAUCUUUCAUGAGGUCGUCUGAGGCAUCUUCAUCGCUUCGUCAUCAUCACUGAUGCUUCCUGUUUCCUGCUGAACAUUCAGCGUCACUUCCCCUUCCUCUAAACUCCGCCCCCACUCCCCACCUGACAUGAAUCCAUUCACAGAUUCAAAACCAGGUUCAGGCCCCGCCCCCUGCAAUGAUUCCCAUAGUCCAUCUCUCUCCAGUCCACCGGUCCCUCAGGUCAUCCCGACGAAUCACAGCUCUCCUCCCUGUGAUGCCUCAUCAGACCAAGAUGGAGGUCAAGACGUGGUCCGAUCUCCAGUCUCACCGCUUCCAUCCUUCGCAGGCCUCGGGCUGACACCGGACACGCCCCCUCCAGUCUCUGUUCCAAACCCUUACCGUGCCCCCAUCCCCCGCCUCGACUCCUGCCAGGUCUCCAUCAUCAUCCCGUCCCCGGUCCUCCGCCUUUCUCCUCUCCCGCCUCAGUGCCCCGAGGACUCCCCAGACCUGGAGUGCGCCAUCUGCCUCAGCGACUUCAACAACAUCUUCCGCUGUCCCAAGAUGCUUCACUGCAAGCAUACCUUCUGCUUGGAGUGCCUGGCACGCAUUAACGUCCAGUCGUCCAGGCCAACCAUCCAGUGCCCGCUGUGCCGCAGACUCACGUCCCUGCCCAACCUUGGCCUGCCCAGACUGCCCACGGACUCAGACGUCCUGUCGUACCUGCCGAGCGCCAUGCAGAGGGUCUACAGCAUCCGCUUCCUCCGCAAUAAAGGGAAGCUGAAGGUCAAAAGGUCGUCAGAAAGUCACCAGCGGUGGGGUCAAGGGUCGUCAAGGGAUGCAAACCGCACUCUGAAUGUGGGCCUUCCCAUCUCGUCUGUCGAGGGCCACCGCCGGCUGGGUGCGGUGGGCAGAGGUUGGUUCAGGCUGAGGGGCCAGCCGGCGUAUCAUGUCUUCCUCCUGAUGUGCGUGCUGAUGAUGACGGUGUUGCUGACCGGCAUCUUCAUCUUCCUCCUCAUCCUCUGGAAGUCGACCUUCUGAAAACAACUGAACCGUCAACAAGCAACUUUUCCUGAAGCUCUUUACAAAACUCUCAGGUGUCAUCGCUUAAAACAUAUUUUAAAAGAUUAUUGUCAAAACUAAAUUUCCAUGUGAUGUUUAAGAGAAAAACAUAUUUAUUUCGAACAAUUGUCCUGUUUUUUAUGUUGUUCACUGUGUUUUAGGCUUUGACCUUUAAACAACCUGUUUUACUGUGUAAUGUAAAAUAAAUGAUUUUAUAUUUUUACAACUGUUUUAGCAAAACCUGCACUGUCCCCAUGUUUGCUAUGUUACACCUGAAUAAACUCUUUUUUUUUGAAUGAAACAAAUGAA